AUGGCGCUCAGCGCGAACCUGGAACCUCCAGGCCUGUGGUGUUUACUUUGGCGCCUCGCCAAAGAUGAUGUGAUCCAGGAUAUUGCAGACGAGGGUGAGCUCGGUUCUUGCUAUUGGAUGAUGAGGCGCUUCCAUGGCAUGGCACGCUGCGUGCACUUGACGGCUGCUCUUCUUCAGGUCGUCUACCGCAGCUGCCUCUUUGCCUCGGUUGAGCACAUCUUUCACUGGCUACCAGUGGUUCGCUUCAAUGCGUGUUUUUGUCUUCCACCCACGCUGGAAGUUGUAUUGUACAGGAUUGCGAGCUUUGUCUCAAGCUACCCUCCAGGAGUGGGGGUGGCCCCCAGCGCCUAUGGCGCCCGAAAGCUGCCUCCAGUGGAGGAACGGGACACCAACUCUUUGCUACUUGAUGUUGCUGCCACAGAUCUUUGCCAUGUUGCCCAUGUCAUCACUGAUGGCUUAGUCGGUGCUGAGACCCGGGUUCUCCCCAUCUUGGGUUUGCUCUGCAAGUCACGCCGUGAGCAAUCCUUUCCAAUGGAUUUGCUUCAGAAAGGUCUCAGCGUUGACAUUGCUGCAGCACAAGCGUCCAAAGAAGAGGACAAGACACGGAUUUUGAACUCCGUGCGAUGUCCGCGAGCCAGGACAUGGGCGUUGGACACGCCUUUUCCAACGCAGCACCCUCGCUAUGAUGCCGUCAACAGAGCUUUAGCCUCCCACUUUGCACUGACCAGCAUCCAGCAGUCAUAUCGUAACGGACAAGCGCAAGCCCCAUCAAGCCUGUGGCAAGCACUACGGUCAGAUGCAGAAAGAAAGAACAUCCAAGUGUCACUAACAGGCUGCCACAGUUUCCGAGACCCGGACUUGCGUAUUCUCAUGGAUAACCUGCCAUCCCAACUGCAAAGUCUACGGCUCGAUCUUGCCUACACUGGUUUGGAGCGUUUGGAUGAUCUAGCGGGUGCUUCCGGUGCUUCCUUCGGAAACGCCCUUCAGACCCUAGUGAUUCGCUUCGCAGGAUCUUUAAGAAGCAUUUCUGGCUUGUCUGCUUUGCUUUGCCCUUCCUUGAGAC